GCGCGAGUUCAACAUAGAGGUAUUGGACCCACUCAUGCCAGAGGAUUUCGCAUGGCUUCCUCUCCUGACCACGGGCCGCUUGCCGGGACCGCAAUGCGCAGCGCUAUGCGCCACACAUACUUAUCCUUCUAUGCACCACCAACUUCGCCGACGGAUGACGAAGCUCCGAUGGGGGACAUCCUUGCAUAUGUUACCAAGGUGGCCCGCGAGUUUUGCAAGCGGCGGUACGAUGACAACAACUCACCGCUCCUCUAUGUCCGCAUCCAAGUUGGGCAAGCAUCCUGCAGCGCUUUGCUGGAUAGUGGUGUGUCUCGCAAUUUCAUGAGCCAAGCCUUUAUGCAAAGGGCUGGCCUCAUCGCACAAGUUCGAAGGAAGGCAAACCAAAUGGCAAUCAAGUUGGCAGACGGAAAGACACAGGAACUUCGCAACCGCUAUAUCGAGGCUGUCCCGGUAUAUUUCGCACCUCAUGCAUGCGAACUGGUGACGUUCGACAUUUUGGACAUGAACUUCGACAUUAUCUUGGGAAUGUCUUGGCUUGCAAGUGCGGAUCAUAUGGUCAACUUCUACCACAGGACUCUUACCGUCCGGGACGUCUUCGGCACCGAAGUGCCGUGUACUAUUCUUUUUCCGCACCCUUCGAUCCGGUGCCAAGUGAUGACGUCCAAGUCAUUCCGGGCUACUUGCGCUUACGAGCAGCCCGACGAGAUAGGCCUACGCUUCCUAUGGACCGUUGCGGUAGCCGACUCUUCCCCCACGGACUUGUCUUCGGACCCCUGUGUGGUGUGGUUGCUUGACGAGUUCGCCGAAAUCUUCGAGUCACCUACCGGUGUGGUGCCGGAUCGGCCGAUCUCUCACGAAAUCAUUCUUGAAGCCGGUGUCGUGCUGCCGAAAGGUUGCAUUUAUCGCAUGAGUGAGGAGGAGUUUACGGUCCUCCGCGCCCAACUCGAUGACUUGUUGGACAAGGGCUGGAUGCUCCCUAGUAGCUCCCCAUAUGGAGCGCUAGUUCUCUUCGUACGGAAGAAGAACAAGGAUCUACGACUGUGCAUCUACUACCUAAAGCUCAACGCGCAAACCGUCAAGAAUGCGGGGUCUCUUCCUCGAAUUGACGAUUUGCUUGAGCGAUUGGGCGGCGCGAAGUACUUUUCGAAGUUGGAUUUGACGUCGGGAUAUCAUCAGAUUUCGAUCCGGCCGAACGAUCGCUAUAAAACUGCGUUCAAGACGCGCUAUGGGCAUUUUGAGUGGGUUAUUAUGCCUUUUGGCCUCACCAAUGCCCCGACGACCUUUCAAUCGGCAAUGACCAACGAGUUUCGUGCGAUGUUGAACCGGUUCGUGCUGGUCUACUUAGACAACAUUCUCGUCUAUAGCCGGAUAUUGGAGGAUCAUCUUGAGCACCUUCGACGAGUGUUGGAGAUGCUCGGCCGCGCCAAGUACAAAGUCGACCGCGAUAAGCGUGAAUUUGUCCGGCAAGAGCUGGAACACUGUGGCCACUUUGUCACACCAGAGGGCAUAAGCCCGUUGUAGGACAAGAUUCAAGCCAUCCAGGAGUGGCCAGAAUCGCGGAACGUCACGGGCGUC